AUGGCGAAUAACUUUGUCGCUCCAAACCAGCAGCGCUUCCUCCGCGCUUGCAUGGUGUGCUCCAUCGUCAUGACCACAGCACGCUUCCGCGACGAAGGAUGCCCAAACUGCGAGGAGGUCCUCCAUCUCGCGGGCUCGCAGGAACAAAUCGAGAGCUGCACGUCGCAGGUCUUUGAGGGCCUCAUCACGCUUGCGGAUCCGUCGAGGUCGUGGGUUGCAAAGUGGCAGCGCCUGGACGGCUACGUCAAGGGUGUCUACGCGACCAAGGUGUCGGGCCAGCUCCCGGACGAGGUUCGGAUGCAGCUGGAGGAGGAGUAUGGCCGGCGGUACAUUCCGUAA